AGAGGCAAUUCAGUCAACCACGAGCCGCUCCAGCGAACGGACGCAGUGCGCGGGCCAAAUUGCAGACGAAAAUAAAUACAAUAUUCGUAUUCGGGAGUUCGACCAAUGACUAUUUAUAGACUCCGUUUUGUUUACGUGUCGUGACGCGUGUGCCAACAACAUUAACAACAUCGACAGCAGCAGCAACAAUAGCGAAUCAGUGCUAACAGUGGCAAACAGUUAAAUAAAAAGUAAAUACAAGAAAAGAAAAUACAAAAUCAGGAAAGCCUCAGUCAUGACAGCAGACAUGUCACUAGCCAGCACCACGGAUUAUCCGCUGCCAGAGACAACAACGAUGCCCAGCAGCGGGGAGCUCUAUGCGGAGUUCAUCUCGGCACCGGCCAGCAGCAUGAGUCCCGCUGCCAUCGCCGAGCACAUGCAGCAGAAUCAAAUCACAUUCGAGAUACCCACAGCGCACGAUCUGCGCCACAUCGAUGCGCUGCACUCGUUCAACACACUGCUGCAGCGGAUUGGGAAUGCGGCCGGCAGCUACGACUCCGCGCCCCCGGCCAGCAUCAGCACCGAGCAGCUGUCCAAUUCGGUGGUGCUCGAUCUGGCCGAUCUGCGGGAGCACAAUGCCGAUGCCGAUGCCAAUUCCACCUGGGAGCAGAUCUUUGGCGAUGCCGACAUGCACGCCAUUGUCAACUAUCUGUGGAUUGGCGUUGUCACCUCGCUGGUGGUGCUCUCCCUGGUGUUCAUCAUGUUUAGCUGUUACUUCUAUCGCAAGUUCAGGACCUGGAAGAAAUGCAACAAGGACAUACGCGCACAGCUGCAUGCGGCCAGCGACUCGUACUCCUCGCAUGGAGCCAGCCAUCACCUGAUCAGCUGCGACGCCAGCCGAUUGCUGCAGCAGGUGCCCGGCAAUGGCAGCGGCAGCGGCAAUGGCAGCUCACCUGGCGGGGCCAAUGAGGCGGGCUUCUAUCAAAUUGAAUCGCCACCCUGUUAUACAAUUGCCACCGGGCUGCCCAGCUACGACGAGGCGCUGCAUCAUCAGCCGCGCCAUUUCGCCUACGGCAUGAAGUUUGUGUACCCCAGUCUGGCGGCUGUGCAUCAUCAUCAUCAUCAUCACAGUCACAGUCACAAUAAUCAACGUGCGUGCAUUAGCGGCUGGGCAAAGGACGCAGUGCAGCAGAGCCCGAAGAAGAAGCUGCAAAAGUGCAAACUGUCAGCAACAGUCGAUCAGGCACAGACACAGACACAGAUGCAGGCGCAGGCACAGGCACAGGCACAGACAGAGGACAAAGCCUCGCCAACCAUUUGCAUUAACAUGCCGGAUGAGCAGGAGCUGCGGAAUGAGCUGGAGCUGGACGUGGAGCAUCGAAAUGCGACAUCCACAGCAACGUCGACUUUGCUGCCGGCAGCAGCUGCUGACGACGAUUGCGCCUCAUUGGUGGUUGUUGUUGCCGCGUGAUUGCCCAGCAACUAAAGAGCCAACCGAGACAGAGAGCGAGAGGGAAAGGAAAGGGAGAGGGAGAGGGAGAGGGACAGAGAGAAUUGGGAAUUUGGGGAAAAUUGGGCAUAGUUCGGGGCUCGGAGAUCAUGCUUACAUGCUUAGUCACUUGUAAAUAGCUGAAUCGUCUGUCCCCACCUGCGAGUCGGGUGAGUCCUAGUAGAGUCCUAUAUAGAGCAGCACACUCGACAGCAAAAAAAAAAAAAAAAGCAUAAAUCCUAUAGCCUAUAUGUGUAAAUGAUUUGAGUUCGUUUUAGUUAUUUGUUAUAUAUAUAUAUAUAUAUCAUGUAUUAUGCAAGACUGAGUAUUAUUUAUUGUAUCUGUAAAACGUAAUUUUAACAAAUUGCCUAUCGAUUAUGCCUAAAUGUUACUAAAUAAUAUCGCAAAAAAUAUUUAAAAAGAAAUAUAAUGCUAGAACCAACCAUUCAAGCAAAUCAAAAAUUUAAUUAUUACCAUUUUUUGUUUUAUUUCACUUUCACUUUUACUCUAACUUUUCAUUUUACUUCCUUGACUUGGUAUUUAAGUUCAAACUGUUUGUUGUCCUUGAAUGGGACGAUCGUGAUGUUGACCCAAAGAACGUGAGGCUGUCUGUGGCCAGCCUAGCAAACAGUUAAUUCGACAACAAUAUCUGGCCAAGAUAUGAGUAGCACUGGAUCAACAUGUUUGUCCAGCUUAUUGCCUCGCCGAUAAGCCUCAGAAAAGAGUCUACAGAUGAAUUAUUUCACUUAUUUGCAUUUGAUUUCAUAUUGAUUAAAGUUUAUUGAGAUUAACAUAAUGUUAAAGAAUUGGUUUCAAUUGCAGUGGCACCUCUUGAUCAAGCACAGUUAGCUCAUAAAAUGUUGCAGUUACUACAGCUACAUAUAAGUAGUGAAUAAAAAGAUUAUAUUAAAUUGAAAUUCCAAAGCAAAUGAAAUGAAAAGAAAAGAAAA